AUGAGGGAAUUUGAACUUCAGAACUUGAAGUCUUUGAGAUCUGUCCCUCUGAUUUGUGUAAAAAUUACUAGCUCAUCAGGUAAAGAAAGCAGUCUAACGGUUUGUUUAAAAGAGACGGUCAAGUCAUUGAAGGAUAAAGCUCUUGGUGGCGAAUGUUCGAAGGAAUCUCCCUUCUACAAACUUAUUCUUGCUAAAUCAAAUCGUGACCUUACCGACGAGAAAACACUAGAAGAAGAAAAUGUUCAAGAAAAUGGUAAGUUUGAUGGUUGACUCUGAUCUUUAGGAGUUACCUCCUAUAUUUGACGUUGUUUUUUUUUUCUUUUCCAGACGAAUUGAUCUUGUUCAAGAAACGUCAAAGCACAACUGCAGAUAUAGCCGAAAAGGUAAGCUUAGCUAUGUGAUGUUACAGAUCAUUUCGUUUGUUAGCAAGUGAGGUUUAUUUUUUUAUUUAUACCACAUUAUGCAAACAGUGCUAAAUGUCGUGAUAAGAUAACAGGGAAUUGGUUUAAAAGCACAUCACAUGUUGAUUACCUUAAUUGAUUUGUGUAAUUUGGCAGCUUAUUGGCUCAGUUGUUCUAGUGUAUGUAACACAAUAGUCGUAUAUCCUCGUUUAGCUUUUGUAGUUAGAAAAUGGUCUGAAAACGAUAUCAGAGCGUAAUUUGUGAGACAUUAAUAAUUAUUGUAUCAUUAUGGCGAGAAAAAGAUGAACAACAACCCAGUGAAUGCAAAAACAGAUUUUGUGUUUUGUUUACAAGUAGCCGUCAUGAUUGUAUGACCAGGUCAGUGUCAGUCUCAUUUGUUGGCAAGGAAUGAGGAAUUUUUAUAGAUUUUGUUAAUAACGGGCGGCCAUCAAGUAAUGUCACGUACAAUUUUAUGCCCAAUAUUUGCAAGUUAUAAUUCAUAAAUAAUUUUUGGCUGAAAAUUUCUGAUAUUUUAGUUAAUGACAUGAAAAUGGAUGUUUUAAGUUUUUGUGAUGACUGUGCAUGCGCCAGUAUUUACUAUUGCCAUCGACUUAGUUUUUUUUAAAGUAAGUAAGCAAAAAUAGGAUAUACUUUGGAGUCCCACAGGCCCCUCCCCUGGAUCUGCCACUGGUGUCAAUGUGUUGACCAUUCUUCAUCAUUUGGCAAAGUUGCAUGCAUUAAUGGGAAAGGUUAAAAAUGUGUUACAAAUUAUUGGGAAAUGUUUAAAGCAUUCAAAUGCAAUAAAAAUGCAUUUUACUCUUCAGUAGUAGUCACACACUCUUCUCAAGCACCUAUUUUUGACAUUUUGUUCUUUAAUCCUACAUCAGACAUUGUAAAAGGGCCUUGGCUAUACAUUGAUGUAUGACUCCUUACUGUACAUUAAAAAAAACUGCAUACUCAAUUUUUGUCACUGCUUUAGUUAUAAAUUUAUUUCUCUAACUUGAAAUUACGCAGGAGUGUAAAAGUAACAGUUCCCAAGUGCCUGAUCUCAAAAUGGUGAAGAAACUUACUGCGAAACUUGAUGGAGGGAAGGUCAAGGACCAAUUUGCAAACUUAUCCCCUCCUACUUUAGAUGUAAGUAGGAUUAAUAAUAUUAAACCUGUCAAUGUACUGUAUUCUUGGAGAAGCACCUUUGUUCUGUGCCGUCCCUGUCAAUCGAGGGCAAUGCUGUAAUGGACUAGUUAACAGGGUGUGGAGAAGUACAGUUUAGCCUCCAUGUGCGACCACCUAUCCAAAACAGUGAAAUUUUCCCAGUGAAAUCACUUUAGUUGGAACCUCCCUUAAGCGACAGCGGAUUUUACACUGUUUUUAUCCUCCUGUAAGCAACUACCUAAGACAUGGCUUAAUCAUAAUUGUGUUUGUUGUACUUCACUACGAAGAAAAUACCAAGACAUAAAACUUUCAGUGGGAACUUAAAGGAAAGGUUUCACGGUGCAGUGCAUGCUCAUGAAUCAUGUCUAUGCAAGCAAUAUGAUCAUGUCAUAAUGUUGUCAAAGAACCAAUCUGCACACAACCCUGGUAGUCACUUGAUCAACUUAUGUGCAAAUAGCUGUAAAUUCAUCAACCAUAGAAUAAAACCUUUGGGUCAGCAAUAAGUUCAACGUUGGUAGUGUUGGCAUAAUGCACUAAUUUCUGCAAUUUUAGUACUCCUCUAUCCUACUUCAGGUCUCUCUGAAAUACACUUCUACUUUGAAAUACACUCUGAGAUCGCUGAGAUACAUGUGAGUGGGAUUGUUAAACUAAUUAAACUGGAAAAAAGUAAUUUAAUUAAUGAGCAUGCGCUGAACCGUGAACCAGUCCCUUUAAAAUUACACACAUCAUAACUUAGAGAUUGCAUGCAUUUGUAUUCUCUUCCAAAAUGUACAUUGUUCUGACCUCUUCUAGAGAGCCCCCCCCCCCCCCCCCCCCCCUGUGUGGUUAGAUUCCUGUAAGUGACCAACAAAGCCUCACAUUUGGGGUGGUUGCUGGAGGAUUUAGUGUACUAGCAAUAUAUCUUGAGCUCAAUGGGGGGGGGGGGGUGUGGGGGGGAUGGGGGGGAUCAAAGGGUUUUUUUGGGUUUGAAAUUUGAUUUUUGGCAAGUAUUUUUUUGGGUGGCGUUGUUUGAGUAGGGAUUUUAUGAGGUAUUCAAAACUAUCUGAGGACUGGUGGUCUUGCCCGCGUAUCCUGGUAUAGUAGUUCUCCUAGUAAAGUACAAGCAAACUUGUUUUUAAAACUUUAUUUUAGUGUUAUAUCAUUUAAUGCUUUCUGAAAACUUUUACGACUAGCACAUUCAGCGUGGGAUAUUUGGGGGGUUAAUUUUUGGUCCAGGGAUCUUUUGGGUUUUGCUUUUUGCCCCCAUUUGAACGUCCCUGUCACUUAAAAUCCAAACAAACAUUGGAUAACUCUAUCCAUGAGAUAAAUCACCAUCCAUUGAAUAAGUAUCAGGAAAAAUGACUGCGCUAUCAACUGGAAAGAGAUUUACAUGUAUCCAGUGGAUAGCAUAAUCCACCUUUUGGACCAACUGAGGUCGGGAUGGGACAAAGCUAUUGUAAUGUUUGAUAUAUCUAAGCAUUGUCUUAAGGAGAUGGUUUAUUUCUGUCUUUUGGGUAAUUUUGCAAACCUCAAGCUAUUUGGUUACAAAAUAGCACCUUACUUUUUCUUUCCACUUUUAGUUCAAUUCUGAACUCAGAAGAAUUCUCAUCUCCCUUAUUGAUUCUUCCAUCCUGCUUCAAUCUGUAAAUGAAGACAAGGAAACUGCUGGUAGUUCAGGUAUAAUCUCAAAAGGGUUAUGUGCAUUGUUAAAAUGACUGCAUGUUUACAUGUUCACAUGGUUUAUAGAAGCCCAUCAAGACAAGUCAUCUACGUAUACAGGGUUUGCAAAUUUUAUUGAUGGGUGAAGUCAGUGUGACUUCUGCUUCACAAAUUUUGGAGUCAUUUUGCAAUAUUUUGAGUCAAGUAACGCAACGAAAACAAAAAACAGUGUAAUAUUGCUUAAACAAGGGUUAAAAUAGUAAAAAAAGUUAUUUGACAGCUUUGGAUAACCUUUUUGAAGAGGAUGCACUUUCAGUGUAUGGUUCUGGCACUAUAUAUCAUGAUGGAAACAUGAGGUAGCUAUGGCCUCAUAAUAAUGAGAGUCAGCUGACCUCAAAAGGCUCAAAUCCAUGAUGAUCAUCGUUCAAGUGAUCUUUAUUGUAAUUUAGCCUCUACGUGUACACACAUGAAUAAUUCUUCAAUUAAGGUAGUUUAAAUCAGGUUUACAACAUUUGCAGUAAUGCAGUAAAUUCUACUUUAGUGCUAAUAUUCUUGUUUUUAAGGGUACAGAUGUAUGUAAGAACUUUUAACAGAACUGAUACUGUCUUUUUAGGUCAGGAGGAAGAUUUGCAACCAAAUAUAGACCCUGUAAGUGUACUGUAAUUUACAAUGAUGGGAAGGCGAUCACAAAAAAUGCUUAUAACACCAGUAUCAUUACUAAUGGACCUAAUUUGUAAAAUAUACAUGUACACAGUCCAACCCAAAGGAAAUUUAAGCACCUGAAAACUGUAUAUAAAGUCUUCUAUACAUGUACAGUGUUAUGGCACGAUUAUUUUAAAUUGCUGGCCACAUUAUUACUGGUGGUCUCCUGGGCUUUUGGUUGUAACAGGGAUGCGUCAAGUCAUGUCUAUAAUGUUAUGCCCAAAAUUUAACUCAGGUGAAACCGUUUUGACUUAAAUUGAUUCACAAUUUCCUUUUUCCCUAUCUCUAUUAUUGUUGAUGAGUUGGGGUUAAGAGACAAGGGAGCCUAACUAAUAAUUUUUCACUUGAAUCUAAUUUUGCCACUUAAACAUAAUGCAAAUGUAUGUUGUUCAGACUUUUUCACCUUGCUUCAAAUUUUACUUUCUGCUGUUUUUAAGUGCAGUAAUGAAUGUUAAAGUAAAAAAAAUAAAAUGUGAUCCAAGGAUUAUUUAGACCACAACAUAAUAGCUUAAUAUACCCUUGUUAAUUAUAAAAGAUGCAUUUUUUUGUUCCAGACCAUCCUUAAACAGCUAACAGACAUGGGUUUCAAAGAAACCAGAGCCAAGAAAGCCUUGUUUUUAAACAGGUACUGUAUUGUAGUGUAGGGUCUGGUUGGUUUUAACAAAUUUACAAUGAAUACUCAGGGAUUUUGUUACGAAACUGCUAUGGUACUGUAAGUCCUGGGACACAUCUCGUGGAAAAUCAUAUGUCCAAUUCAAGGUAGAAUCAGUGAGUCCCAGUCCAAACACCAAUGUUUGCAUGGAAAGCUUAUGUUUGUUUCUUCAGAAUUUACUUCUGAAGCUCUUUUGUAGCAGAUUAUGUUACUGUCUGGGCUUCAGGUAGAUCUCAUCACAAGCAAGUCUCAAACAGUUUAUUCUUUAACAUCACCUUCAGGCCGCUAAAUUGAUUUUUCCAUCCUACAGGAAGUGUACUGUUAAUAAUAUUUUGCACCUAAAGGCAUUUUUAUGUAUCAAAGAUGCAGACGUAGUGAUCACAACAAAAUCACUGAAUACUUUUCAUGAUUGGUUUUCUAUGAAUUUUUCUUGUUAAGAAUCACCAAAAAAAUGUAUGUGUUGUUUUUAUUUGUAGAAAAAAGACAUUUUUGUACUCUUUGUUGAAAUAUUUAAAACCUAAAAAAAGAAAACGAAAAAGAGAAAUGAAAUUAAUUAUAUUUCAAUGUAAAUACCAUUUUGAUUUAGUGAGUUACUUGGUAACAAUAGAAAUACAACUUGGGCAUCAUAAUCUGCAUUAUUAAGUUAGCAUGUUAAACGAACUGUUAGAUUGCUGAAUUAUGAGCAAACCAGUGUUUGCUGUGGAAAAGAAGUUUUUGCACACAUAUUAAUUCUGUGGUUAAAAUAUAUUUUUAUGUUUCUUGUUUGAUUAUUUGAUAUACAUUUUUUUGUCUGUUUUAUCUUUAAUGUGGCAGGUUUUAAUAAUGUUAACAGCAAGUAGAGCAUAUCUAAAGUCUCAUAUAACUAAUGUUUAACGGGCAGCGUGCAAAGAAAGUAGUGUCCGACAGCCCGGGGCUAGUGGAUUUUGUUAUCGGGCUAGUUAAUUCUGUUUUUAACUUGCCCGACGGGCAAGUGAUGUUUUUUUGAGGAAUUCGAAUAACAGAAGAACUGUGAAAUCAAUUCUGCUUGUCAAAAAGCUUUUGAGGCUAGCGGAAAUGACGUUUGGGCUAGUAACUGCUAGCUUCAGCUUGCCCAAAGGGCAAGCUGUAAAAAUGAUUUUCUUUGCACGCUGACGGGGCUAUGUUAUGCUUUUUGCUGUCUCUUUAAAAAGCUUGAACCUUUUCCACAUCAAUUGAAUUCCAAACAUAAUGGUCCAGUUUUGUUACUGAAACUGUUUCCUGUUGUCUGUUGCAAUGGAUGGCAUUUGAAUGGACAUGGAUUGAAACUUCAAAAGUGGGGCAACUUUUCUCAAAUUGAUAGGGCUAGUGUUCCCUUCUGAAAUUUGUUUUAUAUCCUCUUCAUAACUGUACAGGAGCAUUUUGUGUACGAGUAAAGGCACCUAGGUAUUAACUUUUGCCUAGUAGAAUUGACUAAAAACAUUAAUGUCCUCAUUGGUAGCUGUAGAGAUUGUUUUACAGAAUUUGCGUAGUAGGUGCAUAUGCACAUUGGAAGUCUAAAUUUAGUGCAAGUACAUGUAAUAGAUAGGAAUCAAUGGUCCAUCAAGAAAACAGCUAUAGUGAGUCCUUGGACUUACACAGCUAUAAAACCUAAGACCAUGAGCUCCAGAACCAGAACUGAUUGAGCCUGUGAUGGUAGCAUGGUGGCUUUUUGAUAGGUGCGUCAUGUAAAGAAAAACAAUUUGAUUUGGGGGUUGUUUCGUGGUGUUGUGGUUGGGUACAAUCACCAAAUGGCUCAAUACAAAAGAAACAAUACCCAUGACACAACACAAAAAAGAAUCAACAAUGGUUUCCACAACACCAAAAAACACCUAAUGAUUGGGAUGAAAGAAGAAUACAUAUGAUGGAUCCUGUUCAUGAUGGACAGAGAAGAAGUUUGUGUGUCCGAAGGGAUGGAUAAGAGGCAUGAUUUUUGCAUUAGGAAAUUUAUGUGUCUAAGAUGCGGGACACACAGCUGGAUGAAUCAGUGAGAAUAGUACAUGUCUUUAUGCAUUGAACCGUGCUUUGCUUACAGAAUGUCUCCUUUGUCGGCUAUGGAGUGGCUCUUGCAACAUGAAAGUGAUGCCGACAUUGAUGAACCUUUGGUGAUUGGAGCUAGGACCAGUAGAACUCGCAGAAAAAGAAAAGAGUUCGUUCCAAACCCUCGGGUUGGUUUUCCUACUUUUUUACUUAAUAAUUCAGGAAGGACUAUUUAUGACAAUAUAUUUUAAAACAGUUGCUUGUUUUGGUCACAGAACUUUUAAAGUCUGUAGAAAUUUAAAAUUGUAACAAUCAUAUGUAUACCCUGGAUACCAGAGGAUUUUUAUAAAGGUCAUUACAAAGACUUCAUCAAAGCUACUGUAGAAACUGUGCAUAAAAAACAAAUAGAAAAAAAUGAUAAUGAAAUGGCAAAAAUAAAACAAACAAACAAACAAACCAGGUAUUACACUACUUGUAAAGUCUUUUUCUCAAAAAAAAUUUUGCUAGGGUUGUUAAUUGUCUGAUCAUUCCAGGCUUUGCUGUAGUUACAUGUACUGUUUUUAGCUUGUCAUCUUUUCUGCUCACUUUCGCUGGCUCGACAAAGGUAUUUUGUAAGAAUAACACUGUGCUGGGUUCUCUGAAUUUGCAUAAACUAUUGUUUUUUUUUUUUGUUCCAGGCUGUAAAUAACUUAAAAGAAAUGGGAUUUCAAGAGGAAGAAAUCAUCAUGGCACUUAAAGCAACUGGGAAUAACCAGGAAGUAGCUGUGAGUCUUAAACAUGCUGCUACAUGUAUACAACGAGUUCGCUAUUAUUUAUGAUUAUCAUAGUUAUGGGGUUGUGCCCAUUCCCCCAGGUAAUUUCCAUUCCUCCCCCAUCCCACACCCAUGGUUGUUUUAUGUCCUCUCCCCAGAUUACUCUUACCACUAAAUACAAGAGGAAAGCUUGAAUGUGGAGUGAUUACCAGCACAAAAAGGAGAGGAACUGUUUACUGCCUAUAGCUUUAGAAUGUAACCUAUUGGACAAUCAGUGGGCCCAGUAGUCUAGUAAACGUACCAUUAAAAAGAUAACAUAAAGCAAUGAAAGAGUAUUGGUUUGCGACCAAAAGUUGCAGCAAGAUUAAUUUCUAAACUCACUGAUUACAUUCAUGUUUGUGUGGUAGUGUGAUUGGUUGUUAGGGGACAGACAAGGUGGCAUGGAAGACAUCAAUCAAGGCUUAGAGCAGUCAAGGUACAUGGCUAACAACUUCUUUUUUUGUGAAGCUGGAACUUCUCUUUUAGCAGAUUACCUUAAAUGAUAUAAUUGACACCUGCCUCUUGUCUAUCUAAUGCUCCAUCAACGAUUUUAAGUUUGUAUUAGACACCCCUCUCUAAUUAAUGCCACCUGUCUAAUAGACACCCCCCAUGAAAGUUACUCAAAAAUACAAGGAAUUACCAGAAGCAUAAAAGAGCAAAAUCACUCAAUUUAUUCAGUCUGUUGCUUUGUUAACAAGGGUUUAUGCAUUGCACUUUUUCCAAUGCCAAGUUCUGAGUCAGAGUAGACUAAUGAUGACAACACAAUGAUCGUGAAUGAGGAUUCUGACAUUAAAGUUGAGAUUUGAAAGAGCGAUGAGGAUCUCUAGAUGGCCUAGACCUUGAUAGACUGGAUAUUUUGCUGUUUAAUAAUUUCAUCGAUAGCCUAUUUGUUUGGUACAGAUUGUUACAAAAAUGAAAAUAAAUACCUUCUAUCUUUUACAUGCCCCCUCUUAGACCCCUAAAAAUAAUAAUAAUAAUAAUAAUAAUAAUAAUAAUAAUAAUAAUAAUAAUAAUAAUAAUAAAAAGGCCCCGGGCAUCAAUCUGAUCAUAUACUGUAUUAUAAAUUGGAAUGGGAAUCUUGAAAUGUCAGUGUCUGUUAAAGUUCAGCUAUUCUAGAGUUUGUAAAAAAGAAAUCUUUGCAGCUCAUGUCAUUGGAGGCAUUCCUUAUAUUCUCAAAAUGCAGUAAUUGUAAUGUUGUAGAUUAACUCAGUUGUUUAGCGGCCGGGUUUGCUCCAAUCCUGUGUUGACUAUAAAUAAAUAAUGGUAUCAAACCUUGGAUCUGGGCUUAUUGUCCUUUGCAUAAACAACUAACCUUUGCUGACGAAUUUCUUUGAAUAUUCAGCACAGAUUGAUUCUUUGACAUUCUAUAUUUUUAGUCCAUUGUACCAGGCAAUCAUGGAGAAUCCUUUAGUACAACUCAGCCUUAAUAAUGCACGAGUACUUGGAGGUAAGUGACUGUGCCAAUUUUUUCAAACAGAUAUUUCGCACAGUUGGGGUGUAGGUGUAAACAGUAGUAUUGUCAUUUGAUAGUUGGGUCUUUUUCAGCAUACUGGUACAUGUAAAGUCAUGUCUGCAAACUUUCUCUUUACAAACUCUUGUAUAACACAAACAGCCCCUAAAAUGGACACCCUUACUUAGUCAUUAUACUUUUGUGCUGGUACCUAGUCUUUUCACUCCAUUGGAUAUCCUUGGAGACACAGCUAAUCGAAACAGAAUGUUCACGGUCAAAAUUAUUUCAGGUAAAGUGGGUUUGCCUGGGGCACAUACUGUUAUCAAACCAUUUCCUGAAGAAUUUGAACUGUAUCUAGCUUACUGUAGGUAACAGGGUGCCUAGCUGCUCGUAGCUGUCUAAGGAUGUCUUUAAUGUAGACAGCUCCCCAAAAUACACACCAUGUUUCCCAUAGUCAUGGGAAAACCUGGAAACUCAUGAAAUUGAGAAUCCCAUUCCUCUAGGUUUGAAAAGUCAGGCAAUUUUAGUGUCAUGUUCUGUUGUUGUGAUACAAAAUCUUUAAUGCUGGGUUUCACUAUAUGGGCCAUGAAGUUACUUUUUUGAAUUUGCCUUGGUGACUCAACACGGUGACAGAGGAUGAAACAGGACUAACAUCCCAAUAUUGUUAUCAACCCCUUCAUUACCCACCCAGCCCAAGUAAGGUUGUACCACACCACCGGGGUGUACGCUCCCUACUCUUUACGAACAUGUCUAGGUUCUUUUAUAUCCCAGAAGAAUCAGAACACUGGAAGAGUUAGGUGAUGGGGCCUAUGUUUUUUGUCCUUAUCCGAGAAGACUAGAAUGUCUAACCAUUUGUAGAUGUCACAACAAAGGAAGCACAUUCUCCUCAGUUAUUUUUAAGAUCCUGCGUGUUGGUCUGUUAGGGGUUUGAACCCGUGACUUCCUGCUCAGCAGACCGGCGCUUAUCCAAUAGGCCACUUUCAAUGAAUAAAAAUUCAGCGUGAUCACAAGUCUUAGUGGACACAAACAAAGAAACUGAAUAAGCAUGGAUAAUCAUAGUUAAUUCAUUUUCAUGCCAUAUUAAAAGUUGAAAAAUCCCCCUGGAUCUGCUUUUUUGUAGUUUGUGCGUAUUAUGAUCAUUGUGUCUUUGCAGCAUUUGAGGACAUGCUGGAUAACCCUUCCUCGAGUUCAUUCUACAUAAACGACCCAGAAACUGGACCUGUGUUACUUCAAGUCUCGCGAAUAGUGCAGGGAUUUGCNACACAAACAAAGAAACUGAAUAAGCAUGGAUAAUCAUAGUUAAUUCAUUUUCAUGCCAUAUUAAAAGUUGAAAAAUCCCCCUGGAUCUGCUUUUUUGUAGUUUGUGCGUAUUAUGAUCAUUGUGUCUUUGCAGCAUUUGAGGACAUGCUGGAUAACCCUUCCUCGAGUUCAUUCUACAUAAACGACCCAGAAACUGGACCUGUGUUACUUCAAGUCUCGCGAAUAGUGCAGGGAUUUGCCAGAUGAUAGUUGAUGAUGGCACUUACUGAAAACUGUACAUACCUCACUUAAAGCUCAGAGCUCAGGAUUUCAUGAAUCAUCACUCUCGAUGCUCAUACCCCUUGCAGUCAAGUAGAUAAUGUGCUGCAAAAGAGAAAUGUCAGAGUACUAUCAAGACUAGUUAUAGCUACCUCAUGUUGUAUUCAUUGUUUUUUUUUUUGCUGGUUAGCAAAGUUGCAAGGCAGCAUGCUGUGGCUGAUUUUAAAAGGUUAGCUGACUAGCUUGAGACCUCGAAUAAAACCCUGAGUGUUUUAUUUAGGGUACACCAUGAUACAUGGAGGAGAUAAAUUGCCUUCCAAUUUAUGGUAUACAGUGUAUCUUGUGUCUAAUAAUAGAGAAGUGCCAGGUUUGCAGCAAAAACACUGUGUAAAUAGCAAAGCAAAUAGUCUCAGAACCACAG